AUGAGCCAGUCCAAAGAAGUCAUCAUCAUUGGCGGCGGUGUCUCGGGCCUAGGAAUGGCCGUCCAACUGAGACGAAACCUAAGCCACGACAACUUCACGCUCUAUGAGAAAUCGGACAAUAUCGGUGGUACAUGGUGGCAUAACCGGUACCCAGCGUGUGCGUGUGAUAUUCCGAGUCAUCUGUACUCGUAUAGUUUUGCUAUGAAGCAUGACUGGAGUACCAUGUUUCCAGGACGAGAUGAACUUCAUAAGUACUUCUUUUCCGUGGCCCAGAAAUAUAACAUCCUACCACAUUGUCGAUUCAAUGCCAUAUGCGUUAGUCUGGUCUGGGACGAUGCCCGCUGUCUAUGGGUGUGCACUUUCCAAAACACUAUUUCCGGGGAAGUAUUCAAACGAGAAGCUCCUGUCGUUGUCAGCGCAGUCGGUACUCUUGACCGGCCAUACACCCCUAACAUUAAAGGAUCAGAGUCGUUCCAGGGCAAGAUCUUCCACAGCGCGACAUGGGACGAUAGCUUCCAGGCUAAGGGGAAGAAAAUCGCUGUCCUGGGUAAUGGAGCCUCUGCUACGCAGUUUCUCCCUGAGUUGGCCAAAAACAUAGGGCCGAAGGGCAAGGUGAUGCAGUUCGUCCGCAGCGCGCACUGGUGGACAGAGCGGGGCAAUCAAACAUACUCAGAAGCAUUCAAACUCGCUUUGAAAUACAUCCCCCUCGCCGCCCGCCUUUACCGCAUAAUCCUCGCCUGGCAACUCGAAUCCGUCUUCCCAUCCUUCUACAUGAACUCCCGCGGCGCAGCCAUGCGCCAGAAAAUCCGCGAAAACACAUACCGCUACAUCAACACCGCCGCACCCCCGAAGUACGGCGAAAUCCUAAAACCAGACUACGAACCCGGUUGCAAGCGCCGCGUCAACACAGCAACUUACCUAGCCAGCCUCCACUCGCCCCAAAUGCACCUAACAAAAGACUCCGUUGUCAAAAUCGGCCCGAACCACAUCGAAACCGCAGCCGGUCACUGCCACGCUGUCGACGCUAUUAUCUACGCAACGGGCUUUCAGACGCAGAAAUGGCUGUCCCCGAUUCAGAUCAAGGGCGUGGACGGCAAGGACUUGCACAGUAUCUGGGACGCUGCCGGCGGCGCAGAGACAUACAAGGGCACUGUGGUCAGCGGGUUCCCGAACUUCUUCGUCCUGUACGGUCCCAACGUGGGAACGGGCCAGCACUCUGUUAUCUUCCACUCGGAGUGCCAGAUUAACUUCACCUGUCGCCUGCUGCGGCCUGUGCUGACCGGCAAAUCAGAAGCCAUCAUGGUAAAGCCUGAGGCGCAGAAACGUCACCUCUCAUGGGUGCAUGGCAAGCUGCAGCAUCUAGUAUUCAAUAGCGGGUGUCAGAGUUGGUGGAUGGACCCCGUUACCAAGCGGAAUACAUUUAUCUAUCCGGAUCCUAUGUGGAAGUACUGGGUUCGGACGAUCUUCCCGCGCUGGUCGGAUUUUGUGCUGCGUCGGGGUGCUCGGAAGGAUGGAUUCUUUGGUCGGGUUUUUUCGAUUAUGGUUAUUUCUGCUGGGGUGGUGGCUUUUGCUGUGAAUUCGCCGUCGGUGGAUGUUGAGAAGGUGGUGGCAAGGGUUGUUGGUUGGUCUUCGCGGGCUGUUAAUUGGCAUUAA